CUGUCUCUGUCUUGCUCUGUCGUACAGCGUUGUUGGGACGUGGCUCUCGGGCCCCUGAAACAGAUCCCCAUGAACCUGUUCAUCAUGUACAUGUCAGGCAACACCAUCUCCAUCUUCCCCAUCAUGAUGGUCUGCAUGAUGGCCUGGAGGCCCAUACAGGCGCUCAUGUCCAUGUCUGCCACCUUCAAACUGUUGGAGAGCUCCAGCCAGCAGUGGCUCCAGGGCCUCGUCUACCUGGUGGGUAACCUCCUGGGCUCAGCGUUGGCCAUCUACAAGUGUCAGUCGAUGGGACUGCUCCCGACACACUCGUCCGAUUGGCUGGCUUUCAUAGAACCACCUCAGAGGAUGGAGAUCAUGGGUGGAGGGAUGGUGUUGUGAAGAUGACGGAGCACGCACAUUGAAUAGAUUCAGAUAUUUACAGAGGUUAUAUACUGUACAGUCUCCUUCUGCUCAGAUUCACAACAGGUUACAACACGUUUGUUAAUAAAUCAGCGGCAGGAUGUGCGGCACAGCUUUCUGCCACACACACACUCUGUUUUCCUUUAUUUAACAGAGACGUUUAAUUUCCCAUCCUGCUGCCUUGCUUCAUGGUUUCAACCUCUGUUGUUCAUUUGUCUUUUAAUAAAGGUUUAAAUGCCAGCAGAUCAUCACACUGAACUACUGUAUUUUUAUUUCUAGGUAAAACAACAAUAAGAGGUUAUUAGAAUACAGAAUUAACAUCAUUAAAACAUUUCUUUAUCAAAGUAAAACUCUGUAAAACAUUUUGUCAGGAAUGAAGUCUUAGUAGGUUUUAUUGCAGAAGGUUUUUUUAAUCCAUUUUUUUUUUUGUCUCUCAGUUUGUAGUUACAUGAUUUCAGCAUGCCAACCAACAACAUUUACUAACCUGCUUAAUUUAUGAGUCUCUUUAAGUUAUACUGAUUUGCUAAAUGAAAAUGUUCUAUAAAAUAAAUCCGAAAUAAAAUGCU